AUGACCAAGACCAUUGAAGAUGCCUAUAGUAAUUAUAGUCUGGUAGAGGAAUCUUCUAACAACGCCCUGAAGGAAAGAAUCAUUCAAAAAGCGAGAUACUUGCUUCCACAGUAUAUGGAGCCUGUUCCGCUUGAUUUCGCGGUUCACAAUUACGAAAGCCUGAUGAGAACAUCGUAUGAUGCUGGUACGGGUAUCGGCUUGACUAAUGUUGUACUCCAGGCUUUCACAGAUGCUAAAAAGUCCUUGAGAGGCGGAAUUGACUCCAAGAUCGAUAUUGUCGUCGUUAAGGGCACGGUACUGCAAGCUCACGUCGAUCUUCUGUUAGAGGCAAAUAUUGGAGUUCACAACACCAUUCACGCCAGUAAGAAGAGAAAAAGGCUACAGAGCCUAGAUUCGCGUGGUAUUUGUUUUGCAAUUUUGCCCAACACAGGGGAUGGCAGUACCUGGCGCAGGUUAAGCUACCGCAGCAAUAGCAACACAAGCAUUUGUAACUGUGUUGACCUGCCUACAGGUAUCUCGCCACAUAUUGUCACUGGAGAAUCUGUGCGUAGAAUGUUGCUUGGCUCGGUAGAUUUGACUGCUAGAUAG